UCGCCCCUCUCUGCCCGCCACCUGCUGCGGGGCCGGGAGGCUCUUCUGGGUCAGUUGCAUUGCGCUUGACCCUUGAACGUCCGGGGGUUGGGCGCCAAGCCGUGCGGAGGGGAAAGGCAGCCCGCAGCCCGUACUUCUUUUUCGGGUAGAGUGCUUCACGGACCUUCGUGUCUUUGGCCGCGGCCACUCCCCGCUGGGUUGCUCUGACUGUAGUUCACCUGCCGCAGCAGCGAGCACCACCUGUGACUUUUGACUCCUUAGCAGCUGAACUGACAGCCCACGGGGGAGCAGGGAGAGGCCGUUAACCCGUAUUUUGUACGUCGUGUGUGUUGUGCAUCCUACUCCUCCCGCCGUGGCGGUUUGCGGCUCUCAUGGCUGCAGCCAGCGUGACCCCUCCGGGCUCCCUAGACUUGUUGCAGCCUGGCUUCUCGAAGACCCUCCUGGGGACCAAGCCGGAGGACAAGUACCUGUGCUCGGCCUGCAGGAACGUCCUGCGCAGGCCUUUCCAAGCACAGUGUGGCCACCGCUACUGCUCCUACUGUCUGACCAGCAUCCUGAGCUCCGGGCCUCAGAACUGCGCUGCCUGUGUUCACGAGGGCAUAUAUGAAGAAGGCAUUUCCAUUUUGGAAAGUGGUUCGGCUUUCCCAGACAACGCUGCACGCAGGGAGGUGGAGAGCCUGCCGGCCGUCUGUCCCAGCGACGGUUGCACCUGGAAGGGGACUCUUAAAGAGUAUGAGAGCUGCCAUGAAGGACACUGCCCGUUCAUGCUGACCGAGUGCCCAGCGUGCAAAGGCCUGGUUCGCCUGGGGGAGAAGGAGCGCCACUCGGAGCACGAGUGCCCGGAGAGAAGCCUCAGCUGCAGGCACUGCCGGGCGCCCUGCUGCUGGGCGGACAUGAAGGCACACCACGAGGUCUGCCCCAAGUUCCCCUUGACUUGCGAUGGCUGCGGCAAGAAGAAGAUCUCACGGGAGAAAUUCCAGGACCACGUCAGGGCGUGCGGCAAGUGCCGAGUCCCGUGCAGGUUCCACGUCGUCGGCUGCCCCGAGAUGGUGAGUCCCACCGGCCAUGGGUCCGCUGGGGCUGGUCCUCGUGGGAGCUCCCUGUUUCCUGAGAGGGGGGCCCACAGAAGCGUGCCGUGCACCCUCUUCCUGAAUGCAGUCCUUGCUCGGCCUCCAGCCUGGCCUCCUGGUUUCCCUCCCACUUCCCCUGCUGCUUCCUCGGCCCACAGGGGUCCCCGCCUCAGUCCGGGCUCUGCUCCGCCCACCCGUCCUCCUGGUGCUCCCAUGGGGCCCCGCCUCUGACCACCUCUCUCUGCUGAAAGUGCCCAGUGCCUUGUACCUCCCUGAUACCUAGUGGGCGUCUCAGGCCUCAGCUGCACACCGGGCCCCCCUCUACCCAGUCCUCCCACCUGCCCGAAAUGAGCACCUCAUGUUGCCCGGCUGUUCCAGCCAAAGCCCAGCAGGCACUGUGGGCCCUCCCCUUGUCUCCGGUACCGUGUCCAGUCCACCCAGAGAUCCAUGCUGCUGCAGACGGGGCCGGAUCCCACCUGCCUCCCCUGCCUCCGUGGCCUGUGUGGCCCUGACCGCCCUGACCUCAUCUCGGGGCUGGUCACCGGCCCGGCUGUCCUUGCGCACGCUGACCUGUUCCCACCUCAGGACCUUGACCUGUGGGCUUCUGUACAGCUCGUCCAGGCCUCUGUCCAUGUGGCCUCUACCCUUCUUUCCCGACUCUGUUCUGUGCCCUGGGGGGUGGGAGUGUGCAGCCCCCUGGCUCUUUGAGCCCUGGGGCACGGCUGGCGCCCCGCCGCUUGCAAACACCCUGGCAGCACUUCGAUGGCGGUAAUCCCGGCGGAGCUGUCACCUGGUCUCAGGUGCUGUCCACAGGGAUGGCUCCUUCCACCUUUGCGCCUCUGUGUUUGGGCCCGGGCUGCGGCAGCCGCGGCCUUUCAGCGGUCAGUGUCCGACGCGUCCCGAGGGUGGUUCCACAUGAGGCCUGACGUUGACUCUGACCUCGGGCCCCCAGCCCCACAUUACGCGCACACUGCCCCCACGCCCACCCCCUGGACUGGCAAGGGGCCUCGUCCCAGCACCGCUGGGGAGCUGCUCUCUGGGCACUGUGCCUCGUGGGGUUUGUUUGUUUCUGUUUUUGAUAUUUU